CAUUCGCACUUGCAGCCUACAGGAGCUACCAAGGUCCUAUCGCGAGUCAACACAGCCCUGAGAGAGCUUCUUUCAAGUCGCUUUCGCCUGCGCAAACGCCCCUCACAAUGGCAGCCAAAGUGAUCGUACUCGGAAGCGUUAAUGGCAAGCUUGCGCCAGCUUUCCAGAAACUCGGCACGCUUCAUUCCAAGAACAAGUUCUCCUUUGCCAUUGUCACCGGCGACCUUUUCGGCAACGACGACGACGACGAGAGCAUUACGCAGCUUCUGAAUGGCCACAUCAAGGUGCCGCUCUCGACUUACUUCACUGUAGGCACAGCGCCACUGCCACCGCGAAUCGUUGAGCGACUCGAGACAAGUCCAGACGAGGACCUCUGCGAAAACCUCCAUUUCCUCGGAAAGAGAAGCAUAACCACGACCUCCGACGGAAUCCGAAUUGUUGCGCUGGGGGGCAAUCUCGAUACAUCUAUCGUGGGUGGGCAGUCCAAGGAGCAGCUCCUUCCGUACCACACCACUAGCGAUGCCACGUCCUUGCGCGGCGCAAACAAGACUGACAUCCUUCUCACAUCGAUCUGGCCUGCUGGGGUUUGGGAGAAAUCAAUCACUACCUUGACUCCCGAAAACCAAGCUGCGGUGUCGAGCACCAAGGAAAUCGCAGACUUGUGUGCGGCGAUCAAACCCCGAUAUCACUUCUCCUCCUCCCCAGUUGGGUUCUUCUACGAGCGCGAGCCAUUUUUCUACUCUUCUGCCGUAGACGAGACAUCAACCGACAAGCAAGUCACUCGCUUCAUCUCCAUGGCGCCUUUUGGCAACCCGGCUAAAGCGAAAGCCAUGUAUGCCUUCAAUGUGCAAGCUGGAGAGACCGCUUCCACAAUCCCACACGGCAGUACAAUGUCGCCAUUCAUCGUGAAAUCAGGCAUCAAACGAGGUUCUGAGACAGUCACUAAUGAAGGCGGCUACAGCCGGUUUGGCAAUGGUACCAAUCAUCAUGACGGCCGACAUAGCAAGCGUCGGCAUCACUUACCACCUACUGGUCCCAGCCAAUGCUUCUUCUGCUUGGCGAAUGCGAACCUAGAAACGCACAUGGUGGAAUCGAUUGGCGAUAGUUCAUACGUGGCUGCCGCCAAGGGGCCUUUGCCAAGCUCUAAUUUCUUCGCUGAAAAUGGCCUUAACUUCCCAUGCCAUCAGCUCAUCAUAUCUUUCGCCCACAAUGCGACGAUUAGAGAGAUUGCCCUCGACCCAGAAGCAGAGGAUCCAAACGAAGGACUGAAGACGUAUAAGGAGAUGGCGCGUUUUCGCGAGACCAUGCAAGCCAUGGUUGCAAAAAAGUCGAAGUUUAAGCUUGGUGCUGUGACUUGGGAAAUCAGUCGCGCUAACAACAUUCACCUCCACUGGCAGUUUCUUCCUGUUCCCAUCGAUCUAGUUCGGAGAGGGCUUGUUGAAGCAGGUUUUAAGGUUGAAGCAGAGAACAGGCGCUAUCCGGCAUUCCAAACACAGGAGCUAGAUUCUGCGAUCGACCAUGUGGGCGACUUUCUGCGCGUGUGGAUCUGGUCCGACGACGGAGACACUGGCAUUCAAGGAAAGGAGCUGGUCCUGCACAUCGACGAUAGCUCCCGCUUUGAUCUGCAAUUCCCUCGCAAGGUGCUAGCCAAGCUACUGCAGUUGGAUAACAGAUUCCGCUGGCAGGAUGUCGUCCAGUCGACCCAGGAGGAAACUGAGUCUGCUAAUCAGUUCAAGGAGGCGUUCAAGCCAUGGGACUUCACUCGUGAGACGUAGUGACUAACGUCAUGAUGCAGG